AUGCUGCUGCAAUGCUGCUGCAAUGCUGCUGCUGCUGCUGCUGCAAUGCUGCUGCUGCUGCUGCUGCUGCUGCUGGUGGUGCUGCUGGUGCUGCUGCUGCUGCUGCUGCUGCUGCUGGUGGGCAGCAGCUGGGCGUUGCGCGCGUGGACCCGCAGGUACGUGGGCCAGGACGACCCGGUGGCGGAGAAGAUCUUCCGGCUUGCUGCGAGCCGGGAGGAAGCAGCAGCAGCAGCAGCAGCAGCAGCAGAAAACGGAGACAGUUCGAUAACCACUUUGUUCGUGGGGGGGCUGCCCGAGGGCACGCGGGAGACGCAGCUGCUGCAGCAGCUGCGGCCCUUCGGCGAAGUCCUCGCCGUGCGCAUAAACCCUCUCAAGAAAGUGGCUUUUGUUUGCUUCGCAGAAAGAGCAGCAGCAGCAGCAGCACUGCAGCAGCUGGCGGGGCAGCUGGUGAUCGGGGGGGCCACCAUGCGGCUGUCCUGGGCCAGGCCCAAGGCCCGCGCAGCAGCAGACAGCAGCAGCAGCAGCAGCAGCAGCAGCAGCAGCGCAGCAGCAGCAGUCCCCGAGGGGUACCUCGCGCCCCCAGUCCCGGGACUGCCCCCCCUGCCCCUCCCCUUGGGGGCCCCGGGGCCCCCCCCUGCGGUCUUGGGGGCCCCCGUACCCUACCGCUCGAUGUUGCCUUCGGAGGCGGAGUUGUCGCGCCGCUGA